AUGUUAUCAACUGGGCAUGAUGAUGUGAUCAGCAGUUUACCGGACGCAGUCCUAUGUCAUAUUCUCUCUUUUCUCGAAACCAAAGAGGUUGUUGCCACUAGCGUCCUUUCAAAGAGAUGGACGCGUCUUUGGGACUCGGUUCCACUUCUCAACUUCUUUGCAGAGUUGAGUGACAGAGAAGCCUAUUUUCGCUUUAAUGAGUUCGUCUACUCUGUUUUGCUUGCACAUAAAACUUCAAUAAAGAGAUGUACCUUCGAUAUUUUGUAUGACAAUUAUCAUCUUGCUCAUCUUGGCUUUCCUAACGUCAUCAAAUGGAUCAAUGCUGUGGUACAGUGCGGAGUUGAGAGGCUUUAUAUUUACAUUGAAUCAUAUGAUAAUAUUUUCAAACUCCCGAUUAGCAUUCUCAGUUGCAAGACACUUGUUGUUCUCGAUAUCUCUACUUUAACUGCGAAGGGUUUCUCUUCCGUUAGACUCCCCUCCCUCAAAAUACUUCGUCUCAACGAAACUAACUUUUUAAAUGUUCAAGAUUUAGUAUUGCUUCUGGCUGGAUGCCCGAUUCUUGAGGAAUUACUCGCACUUCAUCUAGAGUUUGACUCUGAUGACUCUCUUACCUACCAAGAGCUUGAAAGCUUAAGCUUAAACAAGUUGAGGAUAGCAAAUUUGGCUGGCACUAUUUGUCACUUUCCAUUGAAAGCACUUCAUAAUGUGGAGCUUUUGGACAUAGAAAUAAACAAGGUGUAUCGAAGUUUUGAUGACAUUUCUACCUUUCAUAAUUUGACAAACUUGAGACUUUACUCUAACAAUUGUAAUAUGAAUUUGUUAGUAAAAGUGCUCAAGCACUGCCCUAAUCUUCAAAAUGUUGAGCUCAAACAGGGCAGUGCCAUUGGGAUGGUAGAAGAUGUUAUGGAAAAUUGGGUGGAUCCAACAUUUGUUCCGCAGUGUCUUUCAUUACAACUUAAAACUUGCAUAAUGCGACACUUCUUAGGUCAAGAAAGUGAGAUUCAAUUCACAAGAUAUAUUUUGAAGAAUGCAAGAGUUUUGCAAACCAUGAAAAUCCAUUGUGGUGAAGACCUCGAAAUAGAAAAAGAAUUAUCCUUAUGCCCAAGGGCCUCUUCUACAUGUGAACUUAUUAUUAUUCAAUGA